UAUUUUAUUGAAGUCGUAAUUUUUGUAGCUUGUAAGAAUUUUCUGCAUCUUCAUAGAAGCCUGAUGCUUCCUCCGUCCCCCUUUACAAUCCUCCUCCUCCCCCUCUUCCUCCUCCUGUGUACUGAGGUGUGGAGCUAUGAGGCUCCUGAGGAUAAGCAGGAUGUGUUUGCUAGAAAAGCCUGUCCUGCUUUUUUGACCUUUAGUAACGUUGCCUACCUGGCUGGAGUCACUGUGGAGCUGCCCUGCCACUGCAAACCACAACAGGUCCAAUCAGUUGUGUGGUUCUUUAAAAAUCAUCUGGGUGGCUCCGAGGAGACCAGAGCCCUGACUGAUCUCCAUGGCAACAGGCUGCUGGACCCCAGCGGUGUCCCUCACAGCGGUGACCUGCGGAGCCGGUUCUCCAUCCGUCUCUUCAGCCUGCUGAUCUUCAGAGCGGGGCCCGGCGACUCCGGCGUCUACAUCUGUGGUUCGGCGCACAAAGACUUCUUCUACGGUUACGACUUGGACGUCCAGGAGGCUCGGACGCUCAGCUUCACCCCGAGGCUCACUCUAGAAGUUACAAGCCAGGGAAGGAAAGACAGAGAAGGACCUGGCUCUGCUCGGCCUCUGUACCGGGUCUUCACCAGCUUCCGGCCCUGGUCGGUCUGCGACCGCUGCGGAGUGCUGGGGGAGCAGGUCCGCAUCGGCCUCUGCUACAUCCACUCCCUCUACCUGCACAUACGCUACAGACGGGCCAAUCAGACGGUGGCUUCGUGCGGCUCGGGGGCGGUGCCUCGGGCGUUCGGCCAACUUCAGCGUCGCAGCGCCGGAGCCAAGCUGGAGGUCAAAAGCUGUCAAGUCGCUUGUCAAACUCAGGCUCCUCCAUCCUCCAAACUCCAGAAUCUGAUGGCUUUUCUUGGGUACAAUUCUGUCUCCCCAGUGUUCUACCUGAACCACCCUGCGGACCGGGUCCUGACCCUGGGCUGUCCCGGGGCUCGGCCCGACAUGGCUGUAGCCUGGGACCGAGGAUCUGAACCCAUCUAUCGUUCCGAACGCUCUACAGGUCGUAACCUCAGCGCCACGACCAAAAGGCUGCUGAUAGACACCGGACACCACCUGGUGUUCAAUCCUGCAAAAAUCCAUGACUCAGGUGUCUACUACUGCUGGCUGCAGGGUCGGCGGGCCGCUGAGAUCCAUCUGCUCGUUUACGUCCAUCUGGGGCGAAGACAGUCAGUGACGUCACAUCCUGACUUCCCCGCAGCUCUGAAGACUGUGUUCAGCUGUUACGCUGUCAUGACAGCUACAUUUUGCCUGCUGGUGUUCGGAAGAGCUGGAAUCAGACACCUCAGAGACACCGGAGACACACAUGUAGAUUAAACUAAUUUAAGUGUUACCUGAAUAAAUACUUUAAAAUCA